AUGUUAACACGAGAAGAAAAACAGAGAGUGGAUGACAUUUAUUAUAACUUUAAUAACGGUGGAACAUUCUUAGGCCCGACCAAAGUACAUCAAAUACUCAAAUCACAAGGAUUUCACUCUCUUGGUUUACACAAAAUCCGACGAUACAUUCAAAGUCUCGACGAUUACAGUUUACAAAAGCCUGUAAAACGUUUCUUUAAGCGUGCACGUGUAGAAGUUGGAGAACCAUUUGAACAAUAUGACACCGAUUUACUGGACAUGACAUCACUUGCCAAACAUAAUUCCGGUGUGAAGUACUUGCUAAUGGUCAUCGAUGUUUUCAGUCGCUUUCUAUGGGUAGAACCUAUUAAAACAAAAACGGCAAAAGAAGUAUUAGAAGGUUUUAAGAAAAUAGUGGAGAGAGGUAGAAUUCCAAAGAAAAUUCAUUCAGACUUAGGGAAAGAAUAUAAUAAUAGAUGGUUCAAAAAGUGGUGUCUUGAUAAUGACAUCCAUUAUUUUACUGCACAGAGUGAAUUUCACGCAUCGAUGGUGGAGCGUGUCAAUAGGACAUUUAAGACCAUGAUAUUUCGUUACUUCACAAAAUUUAGAACUUAUAGAUAUAUUGAUAAUCUGCAGAACUUUGUAGACUCUUAUAACAGUACGCCUCAUCGCUCCCUCAACGGAACAGCACCCAAAGAUGUAAAUGAUAGCAAUCAAGCAGAUCUGUUUGCCUAUAUGUACUUAAGGAAAAAAACAAAGAGACUUAAAAGGAAAAGGACGCUUAAAAGGAAAAAGCCCAAUCCCUACAAAUUCAAGGUUGGAAGUUUAGUUCGCAUUUCACACACGAAACAGUUGUUUAAUCGUGCCUAUCAGCAACAAUGGACCUCAGAGAUAUUCAAGAUACACAAAAUAUUUCUAAUGCAGGGAAUACCAUUAUAUCAAUUGAUAGACUUUUUAAAUGAUCCCAUCAAGGGAAAUUUUUAUCAGUCUGAAUUACAACGAGUAGAAAAGGACGAGCAUACUUUAUGGUUUAUCGAGAAAAAAAUACGCAAACGUAAGAGAGGUGGCCAGAUUGAGUGGCUGGUUCAAUUCGAAGGUUGGCCCUCUAAAUAUAACCAGUGGAUUCCCGAGAAAGAUAUCAAAGACGUUACAGGAGAUAAAGAUGACACACUACGUAACCAUUAA